UUUCGAGCCAAGGCUGCCGCGAAGAAAACAAAACCAGCACAGCGACAAACCGUUUUUUCGGUCUGUGUGCAGUUGAAAAGGCUCGAGACAGUGGGCUUGGAAGUUCAUAGAACAAAGCCUGAACCAUGAGUCGCUACGUGCAUCUGCUGAAACCCAUCCGGGACCUGGCAGACAAUUGGAACGUGGAUGUUGCUCGAGAGCUUGAGCGCUACCUCGGCGAGAUUGAGGAGCUCUCGUUCGAGUUUCAGGGCGAAGAAGGCAACUUCAACUUUGCAGAGGCCGCUUUGCUCAUCCAAGGUUCUGCGUGCGUCUACAGUCGCAAGGUGGAGUACCUGUACAAGCUUGUCUAUGACACGCUCGAUCUGCUUGCAUCAAAACGACUGGCGCAGCACACCUCGUCCAUCAACGACAAGGGUGAGGAUGCAGACGUGGAGGAGCUGCUCCUCUUGGACAAACAGGCGCAGGAGGAGUUUCUGUCUCUGGACGACCUUCCAAACCAGCAGGACGAGGCCACGCUUCGCCUCAAGGAGCGCGAGCGAACACGACGCGAGAUUGAGGCGCUGAGCCUGAAGUUGAUGCCGCCUGCACUGCUCCCCGCCACGAGCGACGUGCCCUCGUCACAGCUCUUUGCAGCCAAUGGAACCGCAAUUGGCAACAGACACGACUUCAGAAUGAACACGUCAAUUGUGCACGAGUCUGGCGCGCUCCUUCCAGGUUUGGACGACGUGCAGUUGGCUGAUCAGACGCUGCCAGUGCCAAGCCGCCCCGCCUCCCAACUCCUCUCCCACAUCAGCAACGCCCCACCGCAGGCUGGUGCUGUGGAGGGCGGUGCUCCCAUGGCCAUAGGCGGAGGUGAUGACGACGAUGACAACGAUGAUGGCCUCUUUGCUGGUGACUUUGACCAUGGUGAUGACGAUGAUGGGUUUGAUGGUGCGGGCAUGGGUGAUGGCGCUGCUGCAGCAACCAAGCACGUCACAUUCCAGACAGGCCCCGGUGCUGGCUCGACGCCCGUGUGGGUGCAGGACAAUGAUGACGAUGAUGAUCCGUGGGCAAAAGUUGAUCCACACAGUCAAACAGACCAGAUCACCGCUGCGGCAAGGAGCGCCCCAUUCACCAAGCUCAACAGCUACCGGCUUCCCAAGUCCAUCUCCACGCUUGCAAAGGCAAAAGCACAGAAGACACAGAAGCAGAAGCUGCCGUCGCUGUCCACAUUCUUCCAGACAGUGCGGCAACGGCAAGCCCGGCGCGGCGCGUCUCGCAGCUCGCUGUUGGCCGUCGACCCCGCCUUUGCUGCUGUUGAGCACAUUGUGCACAAGGAGGACAGGAAGCGUGCCACUGUUGCCGCACAGCGCCGCAAGCAGCAGAAGCUGGAGCAAGAGAAAGCGUUGCAAGAAGUGUGGAGGCAACAGCACGAGCAGUCAGAGGCACAGGCAGACGCUUGGCAAGGUUUCACGCAUUCGGACAACGACAACGACGAUGCGUUUGCAGACGACUUCGGAGGCAACGAUGACGAUGAUGAUUUUGGCGAUGGGGACUUCAACACGGUUGCACACGCGGACUUUGGUCCAUCCGAGGAGUUUGACGUUGCGGAAUCCGAUGGGAAUGCACGUGGUGAUGUGGAGGUGACGACAACAUACGAGCAGCUCGUUCGCCUGCACGUGGCGCGAUUUGUUGCAGAGUCACAGAAGUACGUGCAGGAGACUGAGCUCUCGCGUCGCGUGCAGGAGUGGGAGGACCGCAUUCGUCCUGUGUUGGAGGAGGAGUCCAAACACCGUCCGUUUGACAUUCACGAAUACGGAUCAGAGGUCCUCGAAUCCUUCCCCACAAAGGGCAAACUCCGCAAUGCACCGCGCAUGUUCAGCGAGGUCGUGUGCGCAAAAGACCCCUACGAGGUUGCCAGGAAGUUCCUGGCCACGCUCCAACUUGCCAACGCGGGCAACGUGGCGAUUGAGUCUACCGAUAUGGAGGAUGCAGCCAUCAGCGGCGAUAUUCCGCUCAAGCUUCUCACCACCAAGAGGCACCACGAUUCGCUGCAGCAGCACUUCCUGGCCGGAACUGGUGGUCGUAUCGGCAGCAGUGAUGACGAUGAUGACGACGAUCUCUGAUGCGUUGCUUGCAUGCACGUGCUGCUAAGAUGAAUUUUGUUGGAUGGAUGGACGAUGGGGUGUGUGAGCUGAUGCCGUGAUGUUCCUAUCAUUCUUUCUUGUCCUGUUUUGUUUUUGAGGUGGGCGGCUCGGGCGCAACAUGUUGAUGAGCAAUUGUCACAUCAACCGUUUGCGAUGCACGCGUUGUGUGUGAUGCUUCGCAUGAUGAUUUCCACCCCUCGCCCUCCGUUCAAUGCCAGAAAGCCAAAUGAUGGCACCCUUUUCUUUUGUAAGUUUUGUACCAUGCUUUUGCUGUUGUCGUGUGUCGUGUUGCCUUUGCCUUAUCUUCCUUGCUUGCUUGCUGAAUUACUUACUUGACGCCUUGCUUGUGUGUGUGUGUGUGUUUGCUUUCGUCGUGUUGGGUUGAUGUGACAUGGCUUCCCUCUCUGUCUUUGUUGGUCUCUCUCGCUGGAUCACGAUGCUGUGACGAAGGCAUGUUGUAGUUGAAGAAGUGAACACGUAACAGUGA